AUGGAGACAGAGAGUGAGAGUAUGCUGCACCUUGCAGCGGAGGCUUUCCAGUCUAAAAACUUCGACCUGGCUGCGGAGAUCUACGAGUGCCAGCUAGCGGGAGUCGGAGAUCCAGGGAGCCGGCUGGAGCUGAUGGUCAAGCGGGCUGACGCGCUCGCAUUCGGGGGCAAAUUCACGGAAGCUUUCGGGGUGUACAGACAAGCCUCGGAGAUAGAGAGACUGAGACCGGCGCACCUGGUCAACCUCAUAGAGUACCUGUCCGGGAGCAUCAGGAGGCAGGACGGCGGGGAGAGCCGGCGCGGCUGCCCCGGGAGGGCGGAGGAGGAGGCGGCGGCGGCGGCGGCGGCUGCAGGUGCCACAGGUAGCGGCCACCAGGACUUCUGCUGCCGGAUCUGCCUGAGCUUUCUGUUCGAGCCGGUCACGCUGCCGUGCGGACACUGCUUCUGCAAGAAGUGUCUGGAGCGGGAGAGGAAGGAGAAGGAGCGGCCGGUGAUGUGCAAGGAGUGCAGGGACAGCUCCAGGGUGGCCGACGUGCAGAGUUACCGGGUGAACGUGGUCCUCAGCGGCCUGCUGGCCAAGUGGUUCCCCGCCCUGCACCAGGCCGGCCGGCUGCGGCGGGAGGGCAACGGGCUGUACGCCGAGAAGAAGAUGGAAGCAGCGCUGGAGAAAUACAACCAAGCCAUACUGAUAGCACCUCUGGACCACAUACUGUUCAGCAACCGCUCCCAGAUCCACUCCAGUCUGAAACAAUACGAGAAGGCUCUGAGAGACGCUGAGAUGUGCUGCAGGCUGAUGCCUCACUGGUCCAAGGGUCACGUUCGUAAGGCUCAGGCCCUGGUGUCGCUGGGCCGGCCGGAGGAGGCUCUGAGGGAGUAUCUGCUCUGUCUGUCCAUGGAGCCCGACUGCAGAGUGGCCAAGACGGAGGCUCACAAGCUCCUCAGUGACCUCCUGGCUCCGGUCACAGAUCAGGUCCCUGAACACAUCUCAGACUACUCCAACAUACUGUCUUCCAGAGCGCACAUCAAAAGCAGCCUCAGUGCUCCCUUCCAGGCCGUCAGUCCCUGCUCGCCGUCUUCAGACUCCAGUCUUCCUGCUCCCGAGAGGUCAGAGCGGAGUCCGGCUAAAGGCCAGCAGGAGCUCCGGAGGCUCGAUCACUGUUUCCUCCUCAAACGGAAGCGAAGGAGCACCGAAGAGGAGGGCGACGAUCACAAGAGAUCCAAGUCUGAGCCAACAGAGACGCCCAGUUCUUUGAGUUCUGAGGUCGGUGACGUCCUGGAUCCAGCAGAUCUGGAGUGUUCUCUGUGCAUGAGACUCUUCUACGAGCCGGUGACGACGCCGUGCGGUCACACUUUCUGUCUUCAGUGUCUCAAGAGAUGUUUGGACCACAACCCCAAGUGUCCGCUGUGUAAGGAGGAGCUGUCAGAGUACCUGGUCCAGAGGCAGUACUGUAAGACCGUAUUAAUGGAGAACCUGAUAUCCAAGUAUCUUCCCUCUGAGCUAAUGGAAAGACAGAAGAUCCAACAGGAGGAGAUGGCUGAGCUCUCUAAUCUUAACAAGAAUGUGCCUAUAUUUGUGUGCACCAUGGCCUUCCCCACUGUGCCGUGUCCCCUCCAUAUCUUCGAGCCCUGCUACAGGCUGAUGAUCCGCCGGUGCAUGGAGACGGGAACCAACUGCUUCGGCAUGUGUCUGGGGGACAACCUCAAAGGGUUCGUGGACUACGGCUGCCUGCUGGAGAUCCGCGACGUGAAGUUCUUCUCCGACGGCCGCUCGGUGGUCGACACCAUCGGCAGGCGGAGGUUUAAGGUGGUUCAGCACAGCGAGAGGGACGGAUACAACACGGCGGAUAUAGAAUACCUGGAGGAUGUGAAGGUGGAGGGCUUAGCAGAGCGCGAGCUGCAGUCUCUGCAUGACACUGUGUACGACCAGGCGCUGGUCUGGGUGAACUCUCUGAAGGCCGAGCAGAAGGAGCGCAUUGAGGGACACUUUGGACCGAUGCCUGAGAAAGACUUGGAACUUCAGGCCAGUCCCAACGGUCCGUCCUGGUGUUGGUGGCUACUCGCUGUUCUUCCUUUAGAGGGCCGAGCUCAGCUGCCGUUUCUGGCGCUCACCUCUCUGAAGGACCGUCUCAGCGGCAUCCGCAAAGUCCUGCUCUUCAUGGCUCACAGUCGACACCGGUGACAAUGAAAGUAAAGGUGAAACUAAACCACCUGCAGCAGCGGCAGCAGUUGACCUGUUGCUCUUCCUUCGGAUGCACAAAGAACUGAUGUUGCACCUUCCUGGCUGUAGCGCGGAUUUCAUCGACACAUCAGCGGCAAACUUACAAAGCAACAUAAUGUAGAUCUGAAUUAAUAGCUGUCUUCCAUGGAUGAUAUUCUCAUCACAACUAGCACCUGUGCAGACCUGCAGACUGAAGCUACACUCAGACAGGAGAGGAGUCGGACUUCUCGAGCGGACUGUCGUGAAUUUGUGUCUAGACGUGGGUUUAAACAGAACUGUACUUCACUAUAAUAACAACGCUAAUGCGCACAUUCUGGGUGUAUGUUCUCGUCUUCUUCUGUCCACUGUUGCCUUUCCGGCUGUCCUCCAUGUUUGUAGUUCUCUGCUCUUCCCUCUUCCAUCUGUUGCAACACUUUAUAGUCUGAUAUGAGUUUUUCUCAGAAGUUUGGCAGUUUACUACUCAAAAACACCUGAGCUUCCUGUCUGGACGUAGCUUUGAGCUGCGACUCAGGCUGCCGUUGAUCCAACCAGUCUCGUCUUUAAAUGUAAAUAUAAAUUCUGCGAGAGACCAAACUAUUAAUUUGCUUUUUUGAGCAAAUGCACUCGAUGAAAUUGAGUGAAAAACAGUACAAACAAUAAGGAUUACUCAUGACAUUUACUCCUCCACUGAUUGAAACCGCAUUCAGGAGCCUUUUUUUACCACCUUUACUGUAUCUAGCAAUAAUGAAGCUACUCCGUCUUCCUUCCUUCUUUCCUUCCUCCGUCGUCCCCUCGCUUCCUUCCAUUACUUCCUCAUCCUACUGAAUAACAACGGACUGAACCUUUACAUUGCUUUAAGGCUUUUGUUCUUGUAUUGUAUUCAUUCUUUUUUUUUUUUUUUUUAAUGUUUUGAAAUUGUUUUCCACUAUUUAUUUUGUCAUUAUUUAUGCAUGCAGUGACAUUGUUUACAUUUCACACAGAGAGAGAUGCUGAGCUGCUCACUUUCCAAAGGAUUUUUAAAAAAUGAUUAUUUUGCUUAAAAUCUGACCCCAACUAUCAUUAAUACCCCGUUAUCUCAUAAUUUACACAUUUAAUUGACAUCCCAUAGAGCUGACAUGGCCGCCACUGCAAAAACAAAACAGUGCUUCCCUCUCAGACCUUCUAUUUUUAAAUCACCAUUGACCCAAAUUGGUUUUGUGUUUGUGUUGGCCUGUCACAGUCCGAGCUGCAUCGACUUGAAAAUAUUCCCCGCAGCCUCUCGGACUUUUAGCAACAAGCGGUGGAGUCGCUCCCGCCAACAUUUGGAUUUCUGAUGCCAUUAUCUGCUUAGUGUAUUUACGCAGUAUUUACUCUGACUUACGCUGCACUUCAGCUCCGUGUAAGGGCAAUAAACAGUGCAGGCGGGCCUCAGUGUGCUGCAGUCAGAACACUAAAGCACUCGGAUCACCGCAGAAUCGAGUUAAAUCCUCUGGUGGUUUGAAAUAUAAACCGAACGCGUGAUGCAACCUGUCACAACAUCUCCAAUCGUUCGACUGAUGUAUGUGUGAGUAAAGGCCAGUGCCUUCUGGAUCUUUAGGCUCAUUUUUAGGUCCCUACAUCCCCACAUUUCACAACAGCGUAAAUUGAAAUACAACAAACCCAAUUUGAGAAAACCUACAAACAUAUUUUAAAUAAAAAAUAUGUAGAAUAAAAGCAUUGAGGCCUUGCUGAUGUCUGUGACAACUGUUUCUACGCGGCAAAAGCUGAUCUCUGAAGAACGCGAGAGGUCGUUGAGCUUCGCCUUCAUAAAUCUCUUUCUUUUAUACACACGUGUUUGAUUUUUACAUGUUUCUACGUCGAUCAGGUUCUUUGUAUUUUAUGAUUUUCUUCACGUAGUGGUGUGUUUGUUUCCAUGUGUAACAGCGCAGGGAGCGUCGCGUCAAACCGUCCACGUUUAUUGUUUCGCAAAGGGCCAAAGCCACGCAAUGCUGAAAAAAAUGGCGUCAUGAUAGAAAUGCGCUGAUGUGAUUUGAUAUUCAGUUUUUCCACUGCAUUGAGAUGGUUUAAAUGUGACAGCAAUACUCCCAAUAUAUAUAUACUGCAAAUAUGGCAUUAUAAUCUGUCGUGUAAUGACCCCAGUACUCCUGCGUGUUUAAUGAUGUUUAACCGCUAAAACGACUCGUCAACUCCAACUGGAACGGAAAGGGAAAAGCCGCAAACGUAAUCGCACAUGCAGAGUAAAAGCAUAUCACUCGGAUAUCUCAGACGGACGGACAAAUGUGUUUUCUGAAUCAAUGUAAAGGGAAAAUCCACCUAAAAUAAAAUCACUACUCUUUUUUAUUAUUUCACAACUUGAGUAAAAGUUCCAACCAACACAUUAAUUUUUCAAAAAGUUUCCACACGCACAAAAAAAGAAAAGCUGAAGCAUCUCUCCAAUGUGGUUUUUUGGUUUAAAACUGAUAUCUGUGAUUUUUUUGUUUUUGUUGAUUUGUGACAGCAGUUCUAGUGCCUUAGGUUAAACUCCUUCCAUUUUCACUUAAACAGCCAUGGCAACUAUAGUAAUUUAGCUGUUACCUGCUUUUUCUCUCGAUAACGUCACAUGUUUGUACCAUUUAUUCUAAUUAGAUCUCACCCUAACGAAUAAAGUAGCAGCAUCUCCUCCAA